AUGCUUUCCAGCACCGUUAUAUCAUGUAAUCAAUCUGAUAGGAUUCGCACAGCGCAAGAAUCUCGUAUCUUCGAUGUCAUGGACGAUACUUGCAAGCACGGUAUGGUUUUAAGAAGAAAAACUUGCAAGCACGACAAGCAGAUGAUUGCAGCUGCAAACAUGUAUGAUGGCAACCUAAUGGAAGUGCCCACGCACGAUCUGUUGCCGUCUUGCGAAUAUGGGUGGUCGUGGAGUGGUGCAGCGCCUUUGGUUGAGUCUGAACGAACGACCGUACUGCCACAUCGUGUGAAAAAGUACUCGCUGGAAACGCAUCGAGCACAUUAA